AUGGACCCUGUCGGAUUCUCCGUUGGUAUUAUCGGCCUUGCAGGCUUGGUGUCAACAUGUAUCCAAGGCUUUCAGAUUAUUCGGUCGAUGAAGGCCUUCUCACGGGAGAUGGAACUGCUAUUCACUAAGCUGGACAUCGAGAACGAGCUCUUCGUGCAAUGGGCUCACCAAUGCGGACUGCUCAAGCGCCAGCGCAUCGAUGGGAGACUCUUCAAUCCAAAGACGGACAUCGUCAUCCACAGGAUCCUCAAAGAGAUAUCGGAGCUGCAAGUGGAAGCUGCAAAUCUACAGCGGAAGUACCUGCCAGCCGGCCGAGACGACGAGAAAUGCGACUGGGGAUAUACUGCUGGCGGAGACAAAAUCGGCCUCCGCAGGAAAUUCAUGUUCACCAUUCAUGACAAAGAAGACUUCAAUCACCUCAUUACCGAAUUGGGGUACUUCGUUGGCAAGCUCUCUCAGAUGAUUCCCAGCAUUGAGCAACGCAAAGCAACGCGCGAUGACAUGGCUGCCAUCGGAUGCGACCCAAGCACCGUGCACCUCCUACAAUACAAGCCCAAGUAUCAGUCUAAGCACAGUUAUCGGGAUGAGGACGAUUCCAGCACAAUCACGGUCGCGGCAAACAUGGCGCGCACGCUACAGGAAGGUCGCCAGGAGCGACCACAUAAGCGGCGACCAAACAGUCUCGACCCAUACGAAGACCGAUACCUGCAGCCACCUCCACCAUCAUACUCACAAACAGAGCUAUCAAACGGCAGUGGUCGCUCAUCACAUGGCAGCCAUGGCUCCGGCCGGUCUCAUGUUUCGUCCGCGUCGAGGUCGUCAGGUCGGAGUCGUCAGUCGUCGGGAGAUGCGGCACGAGAGAUGUUCAGAGACUUGACUUUCAAGAAUGGCCGUCGCUCCUCUGACUACAGGUGA